AUGGGUGUAUGUCAUUGUCAUAAAAAAGGUGAAUAUUUUUCAAUAAAUGAUCUCAAUGGUAUAGAUAAAUAUUAUUCAUUAAUGUCAAAACGAAAAGCAGAUAUUUUCAUGUGGCUUAUAGAUUCCAAAGGUCCAUGGGAAACACCAGAAUCAUUUUUUAAUUUUAAACAAAGUGAUAUUAAAAAAAGUCCUGUAAAAGUAUCGAACAAAGAUGAAAUACAAAUUUGUAUAUCAAAGUCAAAACCGAUUAUAAAUAGUGAUGUGCAUGUUGAUCAAAAGGAAAUAUGCAUGAAAUUGAAUUCUACUAAUGCACAUUUGCCGAUCGUUACUUCUAUUGAUAUUAAUAAAAAAUCUUUAUUAGAUUCGCCAAGUGAUUGGUAA